CAUGGAAGAGUUCCAGUCCGUGUCUUGAACCCACACAGUUUUCCUAUUCAGCUGUUCAAGCAUUGCCCGGUGGCUAAAGUGAUUCAAGUGGAUUUUCAGGACGUGAUGGAGACAAGUGUGCCGGUGGUCCAGCAGAGGGGUAUGACAGGGCACAAGGCUACUGAAGAUGAAACCCCAUGGUGGGAGGAGAUCCGAAUUGGCGAUUCUGACACCCCUGAGGAAAGACGCCAGGGAGUGCUUCAGGUGGUAAAGAAGAAUGCCCAGGCCUUCAGUCAGUACCCAUCCGACUUCGGAAAAGCAGAGAGUGUGUACCACCACAUCCACACCGGGAGCAGUCCUCCCAUCAAGGAACGGCACAGACCAUUGCCACCAGCUAUGUACCAACCUGUACGCAACAUGAUCUCCGAGAUGAAGGAUGCGGGUGUGAUUCAUGAAAGCCACAGCCCAUGGGCCGCCCCUCUGGUGAUAGUGAAGAAAAAGGAUGGCAGUUUGCGCUUUUGUGUGGACUACCGGAAGUUGAAUGCAGUGACUCACAAGGACGCCUAUCCGCUACCGAGAAUUGAAGAAUCUCUGACGGCGUUGAAGACAGCGACGUACUUCUCCACUCUUGACCUCACAAGUGGGUACUGGCAGAUCCCGAUGGCUGUGGAGGACAGGGAGAAGACUGCGUUUACAACGCCGAUGGGUCUCUUCGAGUUCGACAGGAUGCCAUUUGGACUCUGCAAUGCCCCAGCCACCUUCCAGAGAGUCAUGGAGCACUGUUUGGGACACAGGAACUUUGAGAUGGUCCUGCUUUACCUGGAUGACGUCAUCAUCUACUCCAGGAGCUAUGAGGAGCACCUCCAGCACUUGGAUGAGGUGUUUGCCCAGUUGACCAAAUGCGGGCUGAAGUUAAAGCCAUCGAAGUGUCAUCUAUUGAAGCCGAAAGUGCAAUACCUCGGGCACAUCGUCAGUGCUGAGGGUGUGAAGCCAGAACCAGAGAAGAUCCGUGUUGUGAGAGAUUGGCCUGUACCGAGGACAGUGAAGGAUGUCCGAAGCUUCUUGGGCUUUGUUGGAUACUACAGGCGCUUCAUUGAAAACUUUGCAAAAGUGGCUACCCCAUUAAAUGAGCUGCUACGAGGCAAGUCAGGUCAAGAGCAGAGAAGUGCGUCCAGAGUCAAGUGGACAGAGGCACAACAGACCUCCUUUGAUCAGCUGAAGGCAUCAUUGAUUGAGGCACCGCUAUUAGCCUAUCCAGACUACGGGAGGCCUUUCAAGCUGUAUACCGAUGCCAGUCACCGUGGACUAGGAGCUGUACUAUCCCAGGAGCAAGAUGGCCGAGAGAGAGUCAUUGCAUACGCCAGCCGAGGCCUGAAGACGACCGAACGGAAUUGUGAGAAUUACUCGGCCUUCAAGUUGGAGCUUCUUGCCCUUGUCUGGGCCGUAACCGAGAAAUUCAAAAACUACUUGGCCGCCACACCUUUCGAGAUUGUGACAGACAAUAACCCAUUGGCACACUUGUCUACAGCACGCCUGCCGGCUCUGGAACAGCGGUGGAUGUCCCGUCUCGCUGGGUUUCGCUACACGGUAGUCUACCGGAGUGGAAAAUCUAACGGAAAUGCCGACGCCUUGUCCCGCCUGCCCACUGAUGACAUAGCUGAAGAGGAGAAGGAUUGGUCGGAAGAUGUAGAGACCCCAACUUUCAAGCCACAAAGGAGGAGAUACUGCAUCGUCACUUCUGACCCUGUUGCCGCCACAUCUGAUGCGAGUCCUGAUAGCCUGCCCUGUGACAACUUAGGGUUCGAUUGGGUGAAAGUGCAACGCGAGAGUCCAGUGAUGCAAGAGUUGAUGGGCCACCUUUGUCGCAAGAGUCAACUGACCCAGACCCAGAGAGCCGUUGCCGAUCCCGAGUUGGUCAAACUGCUACGACACCGAGACCGUCUCAGCAUCAAGCAUGGACUAUUGGUUCGAACCAGUACCGAUCCCAGUACGAACCAGACCAUCGUACAAACCGUGGUGCCCAGACAACAAGCCCACUUCCUGCUGACCGCUUAUCACAAUCAGUCCGGUCACUUUGGCACCCAGAAAACGGAAGCUACCUUGAGGAGGAGGUAUUUCUGGGUCGGCAUGAGAGAGGAUAUCGGGCAGUGGUGCCGUGAUUGCGUGGCCUGCAACCUGAAGAGGAGGCCCGAAGCCAGCCAAAAGGAUCCCCUGCAUCCCAUCAAAAGCCAUCGGCCGUUGGAGCUUGUGGCCCUGGACCAUGUAAAACUCGAACCCAGUCCCAGUGGGUACCAGUAUGCCUUAACAAUGACUGAUUACUAUAGCAAGUUCCUGGUCGUUGCCCCUGUUCGUGACUUGACUGCUAAAACCACCGCAGAAGUAUUCCUCAAGAACUUUGCAAGGCCCUAUGGGUACCCCGAUCGGAUCUUAACUGACCAAGGCCCAGCAUUUGAGUCACAGCUGUUUCAGGAGUUGUGCACCCUAUAUGGAUGUCGGAAGCUGAGGACGACGGCCUAUCACCCUCAGUGUAAUGGACUGUGUGAGAGGGCAAAUCAGACGGUCAUCAACAUGCUGCGAAGCCUAUCUGCUGAGAAACGCUCACAAUGGCCAACACUGCUACCUGAAUUGGCCUACCUGUACAACAAUACUGAGCAUUGUUCCACUGGCUUCACCCCUUACUACCUUAUGUUUGGACGUCAAGGAAAGCUUCCGAAGGACCUCGAGUUGACUCCUGUAGUGACUGAGCCAAUGAUUCCACAGAAUGAUUGGGUGCGGGAGCACCAACACCGUAUUGAAUCCGCACGAGAAAUAGUUAAUCAGCGCAUGGAAGCAGCACAUCACCGUCAAGAGAUGGGCUAUAACAGCAAUAUCCAUGCUACACCCCUGCAACUCGGAGAUUGUGUAUGGAAAAAGAAAAAUCACCGUUCGAGUAAGCUUGAUGCCAUGUGGGAGGAUACCCCGUACAUUGUGGUGGGAGUCCCCACUGAUGGCCUGUAUGCCUACAGAAUUCAAAAAGUAAAAGAAGGUCCCAUCAGCACAGUACCUCGUGAUCAGAUUAAAAGAUGUAGCACCAAGGUGUGUGAAUCCAAGCGAGAGGAUGUACCUGUGGCAGAGGAAUGCGGACCUUCAAUGGGUGCCCCACUACAUGACCCCAUAGAGCUACUUCUCUUCAUGUGUGGCUCAGUUCCUUCAGGCCCGUCAUGGGUCAUCACCCUAGAACAGCCAGUACCCAGGCCUGUUGAUAAUCCAAGUGGUCCCAGUCAUGCUGUUGAGCAAUCUUUCAGUGAUGUACCUGACCCUGCAGUCAGAAGGUCAGAAAGAAGCACCCAAGGUGUCUUGCCCCUAAGGACUGCAAAAGAUAAGAUCCUUAGCGACCUUUUUAUUAAGGGAGCAAGAGGAGAAGCCACUCGCGCACAGCUGAAGCUGUGGAAGGGGCAGAAUGUUGGGUGCACUUUUGCCAAAUUUAAAGAGACAAUGAUGGAUGCUCUCGGAGGGGACCGGGUGAGACCAGGAGGUGACUUCUCGUCGAACUGUCUGACCGAUGAAGAGCAUGAGGACGUCCCGCAGCCCAUACGAUGUAUACCUCAGACCACCAAGGGCACUGUUACCCAGCAGUCCCGAUCCGCCCUUGCCCAAGAUGAGGGCCUGGUCAACGCACUGGCAGAGAUACGACAGGAGUUUCAACGGCAUUGGGAUGAAAGCGAGAUUGUGACGCCACCAAACACAUGGCUCCAGCUAUUGGCUAGCAACGGAGAGCAGAUAAAGUUCUGUGGCUACUGGGAGGCCAACUUAAUGAUCGGCAAGGCUAGCCUAAAGCAGCAAGGGUGUCUGGUGACCACAGCGAAUAGUGGACACCUACCUCCCAUCAUACUCGGAAUGAAUGUCCUAAAGAAUUGUCCCGAUGAGUUGGUGGAGGCUCUCCGGUUCGAGAUGCGAUCUGCAGCCCCGCAGGAACGGAAGACGUUGCAGCAGACAGUACGGCUGCUUGAGGGUCAGAAGAGGUUCGUUAAUGCCAGGGGAGAAGUGGGCAAGGCCAGAGUAGCUGAUCAUCGACCUGUAAUUCUCCUACCCAAUUCUGAACAUGUCGUGUGGUGCAAGGCAAGGAUCGGCCCAGGUGGGCAGGACUACGAGGCAAUGAUCGAAUCCUGCGAUACAGAUGGACAACAACAAUUUGCGGUGGCGAGGACCUUAGCAAAGGUGGAACAUGGAAGAGUUCCAGUCCGUGUCUUGAACCCACACAGUUUUCCUAUUCAGCUGUUCAAGCAUUGCCCGGUGGCUAAAGUGAUUCAAGUGGAUUUUCAGGACGUGAUGGAGACAAGUGUGCCGGUGGUCCAGCAGAGGGGUAUGACAGGGCACAAGGCUACUGAAGAUGAAACCCCAUGGUGGGAGGAGAUCCGAAUUGGCGAUUCUGACACCCCUGAGGAAAGACGCCAGGGAGUGCUUCAGGUGGUAAAGAAGAAUGCCCAGGCCUUCAGUCAGUACCCAUCCGACUUCGGAAAAGCAGAGAGUGUGUACCACCACAUCCACACCGGGAGCAGUCCUCCCAUCAAGGAACGGCACAGACCAUUGCCACCAGCUAUGUACCAACCUGUACGCAACAUGAUCUCCGAGAUGAAGGAUGCGGGUGUGAUUCAUGAAAGCCACAGCCCAUGGGCCGCCCCUCUGGUGAUAGUGAAGAAAAAGGAUGGCAGUUUGCGCUUUUGUGUGGACUACCGGAAGUUGAAUGCAGUGACUCACAAGGACGCCUAUCCGCUACCGAGAAUUGAAGAAUCUCUGACGGCGUUGAAGACAGCGACGUACUUCUCCACUCUUGACCUCACAAGUGGGUACUGGCAGAUCCCGAUGGCUGUGGAGGACAGGGAGAAGACUGCGUUUACAAUGCCGAUGGGUCUCUUCGAGUUCGACAGGAUGCCAUUUGGACUCUGCAAUGCCCCAGCCACCUUCCAGAGAGUCAUGGAGCACUGUUUGGGACACAGGAACUUUGAGAUGGUCCUGCUUUACCUGGAUGACGUCAUCAUCUACUCCAGGAGCUAUGAGGAGCACCUCCAGCACUUGGAUGAGGUGUUUGCCCAGUUGACCAAAUGCGGGCUGAAGUUAAAGCCAUCGAAGUGUCAUCUAUUGAAGCCGAAAGUGCAAUACCUCGGGCACAUCGUCAGUGCUGAGGGUGUGAAGCCAGAACCAGAGAAGAUCCGUGUUGUGAGAGAUUGGCCUGUACCGAGGACAGUGAAGGAUGUCCGAAGCUUCUUGGGCUUUGUUGGAUACUACAGGCGCUUCAUUGAAAACUUUGCAAAAGUGGCUACCCCAUUAAAUGAGCUGCUACGAGGCAAGUCAGGUCAAGAGCAGAGAAGUGCGUCCAGAGUCAAGUGGACAGAGGCACAACAGACCUCCUUUGAUCAGCUGAAGGCAUCAUUGAUUGAGGCACCGCUAUUAGCCUAUCCAGACUACGGGAGGCCUUUCAAGCUGUAUACCGAUGCCAGUCACCGUGGACUAGGAGCUGUACUAUCCCAGGAGCAAGAUGGCCGAGAGAGAGUCAUUGCAUACGCCAGCCGAGGCCUGAAGACGACCGAACGGAAUUGUGAGAAUUACUCGGCCUUCAAGUUGGAGCUUCUUGCCCUUGUCUGGGCCGUAACCGAGAAAUUCAAAAACUACUUGGCCGCCACACCUUUCGAGAUUGUGACAGACAAUAACCCAUUGGCACACUUGUCUACAGCACGCCUGCCGGCUCUGGAACAGCGGUGGAUGUCCCGUCUCGCUGGGUUUCGCUACACGGUAGUCUACCGGAGUGGAAAAUCUAACGGAAAUGCCGACGCCUUGUCCCGCCUGCCCACUGAUGACAUAGCUGAAGAGGAGAAGGAUUGGUCGGAAGAUGUAGAGACCCCAACUUUCAAGCCACAAAGGAGGAGAUACUGCAUCGUCACUUCUGACCCUGUUGCCGCCACAUCUGAUGCGAGUCCUGAUAGCCUGCCCUGUGACAACUUAGGGUUCGAUUGGGUGAAAGUGCAACACGAGAGUCCAGUGAUGCAAGAGUUGAUGGGCCACCUUUGUCGCAAGAGUCAACUGACCCAGACCCAGAGAGCCGUUGCCGAUCCCGAGUUGGUCAAACUGCUACGACACCGAGACCGUCUCAGCAUCAAGCAUGGACUAUUGGUUCGAACCAGUACCGAUCCCAGUACGAACCAGACCAUCGUACAAACCGUGGUGCCCAGACAACAAGCCCACUUCCUGCUGACCGCUUAUCACAAUCAGUCCGGUCACUUUGGCACCCAGAAAACGGAAGCUACCUUGAGGAGGAGGUAUUUCUGGGUCGGCAUGAGAGAGGAUAUCGGGCAGUGGUGCCGUGAUUGCGUGGCCUGCAACCUGAAGAGGAGGCCCGAAGCCAGCCAAAAGGAUCCCCUGCAUCCCAUCAAAAGCCAUCGGCCGUUGGAGCUUGUGGCCCUGGACCAUGUAAAACUCGAACCCAGUCCCAGUGGGUACCAGUAUGCCUUAACAAUGACUGAUUACUAUAGCAAGUUCCUGGUCGUUGCCCCUGUUCGUGACUUGACUGCUAAAACCACCGCAGAAGUAUUCCUCAAGAACUUUGCAAGGCCCUAUGGGUACCCCGAUCGGAUCUUAACUGACCAAGGCCCAGCAUUUGAGUCACAGCUGUUUCAGGAGUUGUGCACCCUAUAUGGAUGUCGGAAGCUGAGGACGACGGCCUAUCACCCUCAGUGUAAUGGACUGUGUGAGAGGGCAAAUCAGACGGUCAUCAACAUGCUGCGAAGCCUAUCUGCUGAGAAACGCUCACAAUGGCCAACACUGCUACCUGAAUUGGCCUACCUGUACAACAAUACUGAGCAUUGUUCCACUGGCUUCACCCCUUACUACCUUAUGUUUGGACGUCAAGGAAAGCUUCCGAAGGACCUCGAGUUGACUCCUGUAGUGACUGAGCCAAUGAUUCCACAGAAUGAUUGGGUGCGGGAGCACCAACACCGUAUUGAAUCCGCACGAGAAAUAGUUAAUCAGCGCAUGGAAGCAGCACAUCACCGUCAAGAGAUGGGCUAUAACAGCAAUAUCCAUGCUACACCCCUGCAACUCGGAGAUUGUGUAUGGAAAAAGAAAAAUCACCGUUCGAGUAAGCUUGAUGCCAUGUGGGAGGAUACCCCGUACAUUGUGGUGGGAGUCCCCACUGAUGGCCUGUAUGCCUACAGAAUUCAAAAAGGAAAAGAAGGUCCCAUCAGCACAGUACCUCGUGAUCAGAUUAAAAGAUGUAGCACCAAGGUGUGUGAAUCCAAGCGAGAGGAUGUACCUGUGGCAGAGGAAUGCGGACCUUCAAUGGGUGCCCCACUACAUGACCCCAUAGAGCUACUUCUCUUCAUGUGUGGCUCAGUUCCUUCAGGCCCGUCAGGGGUCAUCACCCUAGAACAGCCAGUACCCAGGCCUGUUGAUAAUCCAAGUGGUCCCAGUCAUGCUGUUGAGCAAUCUUUCAGUGAUGUACCUGACCCUGCAGUCAGAAGGUCAGAAAGAAGCACCCAAGGUGUCUUGCCCCUAAGGUAUAGGGAAUAAAUGUGUAUGUGUUCACUGUAUACAUACUUACCUGUGAUUGUAAAAAUUGCAUUCUUGAUGUACUUUGUAUUCAUGCCAAUUGAACUCUUAAGUAAUGCAUGAAGGACUACUUAACAAAGUGUUUGGACAUCCAAUUUUAAAGUUAGAUGUUGUGUAUGUUGCUAUGAGAAAGACUGUCAGGACAUUGUACAUAAAUGAUGCUUUUGCGUGAGGACACGCAACCUUCAAGUGGGGGAAUAUGUGGCACUAUCCUGUGGUGUUCCCACUACAGUACAGGCCCAUGCCUAGCAACGCAGCACUGCAUAGGUUAACUAUC